AUGUUAAUAUUGAUCCUCCUACUUGCAGGAGAUAUAGAACUCAAACCAGGACCAAGAACGAAACAACAAAGCGUAUAUCCAUGUGGAUUAUGUGAACAUCCAGUUACAUGGAACUGCCAAGGGGUAUGCUGUGAUGACUGCAGCAUCUGGCAUCACAAAUCAUGCAUAGAACUAUGCUCCACAGAUUAUGAUUUAUUACAGAGAUCAAAUGUACAAUGGUUAUGCUGCAAAUGCGAGACCAUCAAUGUAUCAACCUUCACUUUUCACAGCUAUGAGCCCAACACUUCAAACUAUUAUGAACCUCUUACACACAACAGUACUUUCGAAUCCAUCACAUCAAAUGCUUUUAGCCCACUUAAAACCAGCAGCCCAAAAGGAAAUAACUCCACAAACACUUCAUCACCAAAAAGCAGUAAAAGCAAAAACAGAACCACCAGCAGUAACGUAUUCAACAUUGAAACAAAGCGUAACCUAAGAAUACUAACACUAAACUGCAGAAGCAUCAAAGACAAGACUUCUGAAUUUACAGCAGCUGUAAACUACAUCAAACCGGACAUCAUCUGCGGCACAGAAUCUUGGCUAAAAGGAGUUAAACCAGGAAAAAACCCGACGCAAGACGCAAUAAAAUCAAGCGAAGUUUUCCCUGAAAACUAUGUAGCAUAUCGGAACGACAGGGGUACACUAGGGGGAGGAGUAUUUGUCCUUGAACAAAACGACAUAGUAGCAGUAGAAAAACCAGAACUAGUAACAAAGUGCGAGAUUGAAUGGGUGAAAAUACAACUGAAAGACCAAAAAGAAUUAACAAUAGGCUCAUUUUAUAUGCCUCAUAGAAACAUGAAUGAUAUAAAAGAACUUGAUAAAUCACUAGAACAGAUCUCCAAUAAAAAUACCAAUUUCAUACUUACUGGAGACUUCAACUGUCCAGAUAUUGAUUGGAACACAAUGUCAAUAAACCCAAACGCACAAGAUAAAGAAAUACAAAAAGCCCUUAUUGAAGUCCUAAUGUCACAAGCGAUCACUCAGAUCCAUGAAACACCAACAAGAGGUGAAAAUCUACUGGACAUAGUGUUAAACACCAACCCAUCACUAAUCAAAACAUCAACAAAUGCUCCAGGUAUAUCUGACCACGACAUGAUCAUAACAGACUGUGAUACAAAACCACACUACCAGAGUAAACGGCCACGUAAAUGUAAAUGCUACAUUUACUCGAAAGCAAAAUGGGAAGAUCUCCAUGAAGAACUGGAUACAUUAUCCAACAAAAUCAGGGAUAUGAACCACAACAAUGCCACAGUUCAAGAAUUAUGGGACACAUUUAAAUACGAACUCUACGUAAAUUUGGACAAGAACAUACCAUCAAAACUCAUCCGCUCUAAAGCAAGCUUACCCUAG